CCGCCCCUGAACCACAGGUCAGUCCUUGGUCUCUGGGGUCUGAAGAUCCUGCUGCUCUGGGCUGGAGUCAUCGGUUUGGCCGACUCCAGCACACCAGCCCCUCCACCUCCACAGUGUGAUUACACUGUUGUACCGAUCAAGUUUGGCCUCAAGAUUACAUUGACUACAGGAUCUACUGCUGGUAACUACAUCAUAAAGGUAAAAGAAGGCAGGCUAGAGAAAGAAAUGACAAUCAACCGUCAGCUCUCCAAGGAAACCUCAUCACAUGACAUCAAACACCUGAAGCCCUGUACUGCAUAUGAGCACAGUGUGGCAUUUAUUGAUAGUACCGGAGAGCAAACAACCUGUAACAGCACUGGAAAUGAAACUACAACAACACCUGGAAUGAAGGAAACGGACAUUGAUGAUGUCAGCUGCAUCCCUGGAUAUGUUUGUUACCGGAGUGAAUGGAACAUCAGGUCUUCAUUUUCAACACCAAAUACUAUUCUAGCUGUGCCAUGCCAAAGUGACAGGAACACAAUCUGCAUCAAACCUGGUUACAAUGACAUUUGCUCCGAUUUGACGACAAUCUUCACAUCAGGAAACUGUGUGAAAGACUCUUCCUUUAUCAAAACCAAAAGCAUCAGUGUUGAUUUUUUAAAUCCAAGUGAAAUAAAUCAGAUGGCUCCAACUGGACUUCCUGCGGAAAUAAAACCAACAUUACCUCCAAACUGUAAUCUCACUGUUGAUUACACCUGUCAGGAAAAUGAAAAUCCCGACAACACCAAGCAAUUGUCGGAGCUGGAGCCGUUCACAGACUACAGCUGUACUGGUCAGAUCAAGAACAUCAGUGAUGUCAUCAUAACAAACACACCUGCUAUCAAGUUCAACAUUGAGUGUGAUAUUAAAAUAACCGACCGAAGUACGACAGCAACCAAUACCUCCAUUGAUCUGAGUUGGACCACAACCAGUGAGAACUGUAAAGAUCUUCCCAAUCUUCCGAAGCUUUCUUAUCACUGCAGUUGUGGGACGAAACACAGUGACCAACGACAAGCUACAGUUAACAAACAAGGAGGAACAUGUUCUUUUACUGGACUGAAACCAUUCACCGACUAUACCUGUAAAGUCCAACCCACCUACAACAACAAGGACGUUGGCCAAUCAACUGAAAUUAGACAGAAAAUUGACGUUGGAGUACCAAGAGAAGUUACUAACCUGAGGGUGGAUCUUGUGGAGCAUAAUGUGAUUAAAGUAACCUGCCAACGUGUAAAAGAUUUAAAUGGACCUGAGGAGAAAUACAUUGCAUGUCUUAAUGAUUGUCAUGACAAGAACCUUAAACAAGAAAAGAAUAAAUGUGAAUUUGAAUUCAAAGAUCUAAGCUACUUAACGACCUACAAAGUGAAAGUGACUGUUUUCAAUGGAAGAAGGGAGAGCAAUCCAGUGAUGAAGGUCAUUGACACUUCAUAUAAUGACAAAGCUCUGAUUGGGUCUCUGGUCUUCCUCAUCAUCCUCAUGUCUGUGGCUCUGCUUUUCUACAAGAUAUUCAUUCGGAAGUGCUGUUAUGUUAAACAGAGGAACCCACAAGCAGACCACAAAUUCAUCUGUGAUAUAAAUGAUGACAUGAUGCUUAAAUCAACAGUCAUUUAUGUCAAUGUACAACCUCCAGGAUGGCGUCAUAGAAAAGCUCGCUGAUGAAGAAGGUGUAAUGGAGCUGCCUACCAAAUCAUCAUUUACUCCUUCUGCUUGUGUUGUUCAGCAUGUAGUAGGUCUUUUUGACAUCUUAGAAAUUACUCUAAAAUGUAGUUAUCUUUUGUUAUCAGCUAAUAGCUCCAAUAUUAUGCUUGCUUUUGUUUUACUUUCAGCCUGUCUGUCGCUUUGAUGUGCACAUUGUAAUAUGUAAGAAACCAGCCCGCUUUCAGUCAUCAAAUACCGAGGUUUUGUCAUGCCCCUCGACAUCAUUAAAGUUUUAAGUUAUAUAAU